AUGCGUCUUCGUUUUGGCAGUGAGGGGGGGAAAAUGGCAGAUUCAAGUGAUUCGGUUUCCAUUGAUAUGGAAAUGAUCUCUCUAGGCGGCAAGGAGUACCUUGUGAAAACUCGCCUUGGUACGGUUUCUGUUGUUGUGUUUGGAGACCAAGAUAAGCCGGCCCUUGUUACCUAUCCGGACUUAGCUCUGAAUCAUAUCUCCUGUUUCCAAGGCUUGUUCUUUUGCCCAGAAGCUAGUUCCUUACUCCUGCACAACUUUUGCAUAUACCAUAUAAGUCCUCCCGGGCAUGAGUUGGGAGCUGCUCCGAUCAGUUCCGAUGACUUUAUUCCUUCCGCUGAUGACUUGGCAGAUCAGAUUCUUGAGGUUCUCAACUUUUUCGGGCUUGGCGCCGUAAUGUGUAUGGGAGUUACAGCUGGAGCAUAUAUUCUUACCCUCUUUGCGAUGAAAUACCGACAACGCGUCCUUGGGUUAAUACUCGUUUCACCGCUCUGCAGACUGCCUUCAUGGACAGAAUGGUUGUUGAAUAAGGUGAUGUCGAAUUUGCUUUAUUUCUACGGCAUGUGCGGCAUGGUGAAGGAGUUAUUGCUCAAGCGAUACUUCAGUAAGGAAGUUCGUGGUAGCGUUGUGGUACCAGAAUCCGAUAUAGUUCAGGCAUGCAGAAGAUUGCUUGACGAAAGGCAGAGUACAAAUGUUUGCCGAUUCCUUGAAGCAAUGAACGGGAGACCCGACCUUAGUGAAGGACUGAGGAAACUCCAUUGUCGUUCGCUAAUAUUUGUCGGUGAGAACUCUCCGUUCCAUUCCGAGGCUCUUCACAUGACAUCGAAAUUAGAUAGAAGAUACACUGCCCUAGUGGAGGUUCAGGGAUGCGGGUCAAUGGUGACAGAGGAGCAACCCCAUGCCAUGUUGAUACCGAUCGAGUACUUUCUGAUGGGAUACGGCUUAUACCGGCCGACUCUAAGCAUUAGCCCGAGAAGUCCUUUGAGUCCGUCUUGCAUCUCUCCGGACCUCCUUUCGCCGGAAAGCAUGGGCUUGAAGCUGAAACCGAUUAAAACCCGGAUUUCUUUGUAAGUUGGAGAGGUAAGAUGACAUGGAAACUGCAACAUCACGUUUUCUAAUACAUGCAUAUAUAUGUGUGUAA